CCCAGAUCUCCGAAACGUCAAUGCAUUGCGAUUCCCUUCCCUUAACAGGACCAACGCGACGCGAAUCCUGUUCGACAAUGAGUGGAACAACAGGGGUAUGGGCAAGAUGAUAGGCGAGGCAAGGGCCUCCUACCGAAACAAGAUCAAGCCUGGACCAAACAAGAUGUGAAAAACAAGGCUCAAGCCCGGCGAAGUCCAUUCCUUGGGGGCAUUCUCAGCUGGAAAACAAUCACUGAAGGCAUUUGUUUGUGGCGCUCAAGGGGAACCCGACAUACCAAGCGUCAAUGGGUUAAUGUUAUUUGGAUGAUAAAAAGGCCAAGCACGUCCAGCCCUCUCGGAAAGGAGAGCUCGAGAAGUCGCAAAGCCAAACCAGAAGUCUUUCAUUCAGUUACUUUCUUUAAUUAAUAUUUGUUGCGGUUGUGUUUGCCCUUUUGGCCGUCAGCCCGUUGUCGCUCUUUUUCUUACGUUAACGAGAAUAUCUGGUUUGACAGGUAAAGUCCGAAAGGAAUAAUAAUCGGAAGCAAGAUGAAGGGUCUUCAAAAUGGUAUUCCUAUCGCCAUGCUGGCUGCAAUGGCCAGUGCCCAGGGUUUCGGUGGAAGCCCUCGAGUUGAUACAGGCAACGGUGUGGGAAUGGGCUUCAGCAACGAUUUCUCCAGCGAAGUGAAUAACGUCAACAAGGACGACCACGCCACCAAUGUGCACAGCGAGACGAAUAUUCUCAAGGCCCCGCCGCACCCACCUCAUGGUGGUCAGCAUGGCCGGCCACACGGUGAGCACGAUGGCCAUAACGAGGGUCCUCGCCACCAGCCUCGUGCAGGACACCCCGGUUCUGACGGCGUGGACGUUGGAAAUGCUGCCCAGUGGAACAGCGUGAGCGAAGCCACGCAUAAGGUGAACAGUGCCAAUGUGGAUAACCACCAUGUUGAUAUCAACGAGAAACAUACCAUUACUGUCCUGCCCCCGUCACCGAAGCAUCACCCCCACGGAGGCGAGCACGAGAGACAUGGAGAAGAGCACCAGCACGGUCACGAGCAGGGCGAGGGAGCACGCGGACACGGUAAGCGCUGGGACCCUUUUGAUGAGGGCGGUGCUGUCGACACUGGUAACUCUGCCGGCUAUGACUUUAAAAAUAAGUUCCACUCGAAAACAAACAAUGCCAACGUGGAUAACCAUCAAGUCGAUGUUGAUGAGAACACCAAUAUCGUGACACCCCCUCCGCAUCCUCAUGGGCAUGGCGGACAUGGCGGACAUGGAUCUGAGCAUGAACGCCGGGACGAGCAUGAGCCGCAUGGAGGACCUAGGAAAAUUGACACCGGUAACGAUGUCGACUUCACUUUCUCGAACGAGUUUGACCACGAAGUGAACAGCUACAAUGAGGACAACCACGGAGUUGACGUUAACAAGAAUACGAAUGUUCAUGUCGCACCCCCUCACGGCGGGCCUCCCCAUGGUCACGAUGGUCAAGAGGGCCACCACAAACGUGCGUAUCGACCCGAUGCCGAUGGCGCUUUUGAACCUAGCCGCUUAGACACUGGCAACGCAGCCAACUCUGAAGCAUCCAACUCUGUUGACGCGGAGAGCAAUUCUGCGGAUGUCGAUAAUCACUCUAUGUCGUUGAACUACAACGUCAACGAGACCGUUGCACCCCCGCAUGCUGAUCACCAUGAUAAUGGGCAUGAACAGCCUGCUGAACAUCAUCAGCAGGAGCCUCAAAAGCCCGCUGAGCACCAUGAGGAGGAGCAUGCGGAGCCCGUCCCGACCUGCACCACCUUGACUCGCGAAGUUGUGCACACGGUGGUCCGCACUGUGCAAGCCCACUCCGAGCCCACACACGGUCCCCAGCAUCAGGAGCAGGUGAACACUCCCGCUCCUCAACAUGAGCAACCCAAGGACCAUGAAGGAACCAACCACGACGACCAUAGCGAAGUGAAGAGCCCCAAACCCACCGGGAAUGAUAGCUCCCAUCAUGAAGAGGCUCAUGGGCCCGCUUCUACUCCUGCCCAUGAACAGCCUAAGCCCACAGGUGCGGAUGGCUCCCAUCAUGAAGAGGCUCAUGGGCCCGCCUCUACUCCUGCCCAUGAACAGCCUAAGCCCACAGGUGCGGAUGGCUCCCACCGCAAAGAAGAUCCUUCGUCUCAUGAGGGUGCUCAUAGCACCAAUGCUCAUGGAUCCGCUUCUACUCCGGUCCAUGGACAGCCUCAGAACGUGGGUGACGAUGGCUCCCACUUCGACGUGCCCUCCUCUACAACGCUGGCUCACAUUGCCAUGACGCCAGAACCUACCCAUGCUCCUUCCUACCAGCACGGAGUCCUGACAUCCACACAAACUGUUCAUGCUUCCUCCUCUUUCCACAAGGUUCACGUUUACGUGCCACAGGGCUCGAGCAGCGCUGCGCAUGUCGGUCAGACUCCCGCCGCCACUCCAUCUGCCCAUGUCCCGGUCGGCGUCGACGCCGAGCACAGUUCUCACGUUGCAAAUGGCCCCGCUACACCCACCCCCUCUUCUCACGAUGUCAUGUUCACAGGUGCUGCCGCGAACUUGUCCCCUAGUGCCGGUGUCAUUUCCCUCGCUUGCGGAGUGAUUGGUCUCUUGGCCUAUGUGUUGUAGAUGGUGUGGUGUUGUGUAGUUCACUUUCUUUUCCUUGAAACCUCGAUGUCGAGGCAUAAUAUUUUCUGGUUGCUGUAUUCUUAAGCUUAGGGCUGGAUCGCCGCCCAUGUCUCUCGUUCAUAUCUAUUUUGUCAUGAUAUGCCAGUUAAUGAGUUGUUUUUUUUACCAUA